AUGGCCCACGCAGCAACACCUGUCUCACUCCCCCCAAUCGAGUUCAUCAACAACGAGGCCACGGUCCAAGACUUUGCCACGGCUGUCACACUGCUCUUCGAGCCCGCACCUCCAAUCGUCAAGCAUCUCUAUGCCAAGCGCCCCUACCCAACCUACUCUGCCCUGAUCGACGAGACCUCGUUCUUGCUCUCAAAUCCCGAUCAAUACCUGACCCUUGAGGAGCAGCUGGAUGUCAUCAACGCCCACCCCCGCAUCGGUGCCGCCAAGGCCAACCUCUCGGCUCUAUCCUUAAUCGAACAAGGCUACACGGCUGAGAAUGCUGCCAAGAAGGUGUCCGAGACCGCGACACCCUCACAGGACGAUGAAGUCACCCAGGCGACACUGAAGCGUCUGAACCAGGAGUACGAGGACAAGUAUGAGUUCAAGUUCGUGGUCUUUGUGAACGGUCGACCGAGGAGCGUGAUUAUUCCUGUCAUGGAGGAGAGGAUCCGUAAUUCAACAAGGGAAGCGGAGAUGAAGACGGCCAUGACAGACAUGGUCUUGAUCGCUCGCGAUCGUCUCAAGAAGUUGAACAUCGCCUAG